CUCAUAUCCCUUCGCCAUGUCGCUCGACUGGUUAUCCCCAGCCCGCCGGUCGUUUGUCUGGUUCUGGAUAACAAUAUGUCUUCAUUUGCGUUUAGUAUUGGCCUAUGAGGUCGCGAUUACCGACAAAGACUACUCGCGUCAAGCAUGCAGCGGGAUGUGGGGAGGCGAGACGGCCUAUAUCAAUGUCACAUUCGACAAAUCAUCACAAGGUCAAGUCGCGAUGGUAAUUUACGAAUGGACAGAUGAGGACUACCUGGGAAAGAGGCGAGAAGGGCCUCUCAACGAACCUCUGCCAAAUAUCUACAUUUGCACGACAACCGCGCUAACUGGAGGUUACUGCAACGAGUCCCAGCUUGGGCGGUUCAUUCUGAACCUACCGACCGGAAAGUCCAUUAACGACACAAGUUUCUGGUCUGCCCGAGUUCAGCUUCCAGCGAGUCAGUCUUCCUUGAAGCCCUCGUCGAUUUCCGAGAGCGGGUUCUGGAAUAACCCGCCGAACGGAAGUUUCCCUACACCCCCUGCAAGUGAAUGGGACUCUCCCUGGAAGCGCCGAAAUGCAGGCGAUCAUAUCCUCUCUCUUACAAGGCGAGGGGAAGAACAUGAAGGUCUCUACGCGUACAGUGAACCUAUCCACUACCCUGUUCGAAAGACCGGGUAUUACUGCGUCGCAAUCGUUCCUCUCAACGAGGAGAAUCAAUCUCCAGCUGCAGCAACUGGAGAUGCAACUGCGACUCAUCCGCCAUACCGAGCCAACAUCCUUUUCAAGAACGUCUUUGAAGGCCAACUCCCAGCAACCGAUUAUCCUAAAGUCACUUUCUAUUUCGCCAUGUUCUUGGCCUACUCUGUGAUCGCCUUGUUAUGGGGCUUUUUGUGUUACAGGCACAUGCAAGAAUUGCUUCCCAUUCAAUAUUACCUGUCUGGUCUGGUCGCAUUGCUUGUGGUGGAGAUGCUGGCGAACUGGGUAUACUACCGAUACCUUAAUGCCCACGGAAAAGGUGCUACCUCGACUGCAUUCCUUAUAGUCGUCGCCAUCUUGGACGCUGGUCGUAAUUCUAUGUCAUUCUUUAUGCUCCUUGUCGUAUCCCUCGGAUUGAGUGUCGUACGGGAGUCUCUGGGAUCCACAAUGCGCAAGUGCCAAGCGCUAGCAGUCGCUCAUUUCAUCUUCGGAAUUCUUUACGCCAUCGGUAUCGUGGAACUCGAAAUGGAGUCUACCUCUGCACUCCUUUUACUUCUAUUUAUCAUCCCCCUCGCGUUCACCCUCAGUGGGUUCCUACUUUGGAUCAUGUACUCCUUGAACGCAACCAUCCAACAACUCCGCGCCCGAAAGCAGCGGUACAAGCUUAGGAUGUUCACUCGACUCCAUUAUAUCCUCAUUUUCGCGGUCGUGGUGAUCGGAGCAUUCUUUGUGGUUUCCUCCAUGUCUUUCUCCGGACGUUUGGCUGAAGCCACAUUGGCUAUGUCAGACGAAAUUGCGCAAGACGAAGAAGAGGCAGAGGACUAUGAUUUGCAAGCCAUUCAAGACCGAAGCCGCCAUCGUGAAGAGGAAGAUGACGAUGCUGCAACCUUGGUCGGCGGCCGUCGAGGGCCUGGAGAUUCCGUGUCUGGGGAUGUCGUCUUCGAAAUCGGUGACGAGGACGAUGAUGACGAUGACGCUCACAAAAAACACAAAGCUCAACGGCUCUCUGGAGAGAACCCUGACUAUCAACCUGUCGAUGGUCGCGGUGGGGAUCGUGAGGAGCGCGAAGGGCUGAUGCGCCGGGACGAUUGA